AUAAGGAAAAACCUGGCGCCACCUAUAAAUAAUUUGAGGACAUGAAGCCAAGAGAGAAGCAAGAAAAGAGUGAAAGGGAGGUCAAUUAGCAUCCAUAAAUAGAAAUUAGCCAUACAAUGUCUGCGUCUGCGUGGGCUAUCUUAAGAGAAUGCUUUCCACUGAGUGUCUUAAGUCACAUUGAUUGGAUCUAUCCAGUGGUAGUCGGUUCCAUUUAUUAUCCUUACAUCAAAAUCAAAUUCAGUGACUGUUCUGGAGAGUAGAGUCUGACGCAGAGUGCAGCCUUCUCCGCCAUUGACAACCACUUGAGGUCCAAAGCUUCCAAAGAAGCAAAGCGGCUGCGUGGCUACGUGAAGAAAAACCAGUCCCUUGUGCUUAGCAUGGAUCUUAAUGAAGAGGUUGCUGACGAGUUUCAAGGAGCCAAAGUAUGGUGGGCUUUAGAGAAAACCAUUGCUAUGCAACAUUCGGCGCACCCUCUGGUUCCUUGUGAGAGAUGGCACUACAAGCUCACUUUCCAUAAAACGCACAGGGCUCUCAUUGUUGGGCCUUAUAUCAAACAUGUCAUGAAAGAGGGCAAUGCAACUAAGAUGAGAAACCGGGAAAUGAAGCUUUAUACCAACAACGAGGCACGUUGGAGCCAUGUUAUGUUUGAGCACCCUGCAACAUUUAAGACACUAGCCAUGGAUCUGAUGAAGAAGCAGGAGAUUAUGGAUGAUUUAAUGGCAUUCAGCAAAGCGGAAGAGUUUUAUAAAAGCACUGGGAUGGCGUGGAAGCGAGGGUACCUCCUUUAUAGCCCCCCGGGAACUGGGAAGUCCACCAUGAUUGCCGCCAUGGCAAAUCUUUUGGGCUACAAUCUUUACGAUCUUGAAUUGACUUCAGUUAAGAACAACACCGAGCUGAGGAAGCUACUACUUGAAACAUUGAACAAGUCUAUUAUUGUGAUUGAAGACAUUGAUUGUUCACUUGAUCUCACGGGGCAAAGGAGUAAGAAGAAUGAUAAGGUGAUAGAGAAGGAAGAUACAGGUGAUGGAAAGGAAAAGGAAGCAAAUAUACUGAGCCAGGUUACUCUUUCAGGGCUUUUGAAUUUCAUUGACGGGCUCUGGUCAGCCUGUAAAGGAGAGAGGUUGAUAGUAUUCACCACCAACUAUAUGGAGAAACUCGAUGCUGCACUCACUCGAAAAGGAAGGUUGGACAAGCGCAUAAAACUAUCAUACUGCACCUUUAAAGCAUUCAAGGUGCUGGCUAGAAACUACCUUAAACUCGAAUCACACCAUCUAUUCCCCGCGAUUUGUGAGUUGCUGGGGGAAACCAAUGUGGUUCCAGCAGAUGUUACGGAGCAUUUGAUGCCCAAGACACUUUCUCGGAACGUUGACCUCUGCCUGCAGAACCUGAUCCAAGCUCUCGAGAAGGAGAAAGAGAACGGAAAGUUAAUAGCCAUAGAAGAAAGGAAAGACGGAAACAAUCAGCUGAAGAGGAAGUGCUUGACAAGCACACAAGAUCAUUUGAUAGAAGAUAAAAAGAGAGCCAAAAAUUAGGAAAAGCAUCGGAUCCUUUAAUACUAUGUUUGUAUGUUAGUGUGACUGUUUGUGUACUCAAUUUCCCACUGUUGAAUUAUAAGCUGUGAGCAGAUUAGUAUUAGUGAAUAA